CUACCUCAGAGGCAUUCUGAAGCCGCUCUGUAAACGACACGAGAAACAGAAAUGAAGGAUGCCGCAUAUUGUCCAGUUGACGAUGGCAGUGACUGCCGCGGGAGCCGCAGUCUUGACAAAGACGAAGCCAGACGAGUGCUUCUUAGCAAACCGUUUGAGGACCAUGUGGUUCACUCUAGUCCACCCAUGAGCCGGAAGUACUUGUUCUUCGGAUUGUUCUGUGUCGUCCUACUGAUGUUGAACACUAUAAUGCUUGUUUUCAACCUCUGGACAACCACGCCCCAUUCCCGCCAAGAAGGCUUCAUUCAGAAGCCUACAGAUUACUGGUUGCCAGGCUUUGAGAAUGGAAUCGUUUACGAGAAACGACAGUUCUAUAGCGCCCAUUCAGAAUACGCGGGUGUGGGACCGGAGGUAGAUGCCAAAUGGCAUGACUUGACAAGAGGUGCAAUGGGCAUCAGUCGCCAGCAGCUGACAGCACUGAACAAUCAUCCCGAUGUUGCAGUACAGAUCGAAAACGCUGGCCCUGACCAAGAGUAUUUGGCGACCUUUGACGUUCUUCACCAAUUACACUGUGUUGAUCUCCUGCGGAAAGGUAUUCACAUGGAUUACUACAAAGACAAAGAUGAGCAUUUCGUGAAUCAAACAGAUGAGCGUAUCUUCUUUCACUUAGACCACUGCGUUGAUAUCCUUCGUCAGACCCUGAUGUGCAACGAUGACCUCUCCUUGGUGACCUACAACUGGGUGCAAGGCUUGGAGAUCCCGUACCCGAACUUCAACACAUACCAUACCUGCAAGAACUGGGACACGUUCUUUGCGUUGAACCAGAAGCUCGAUGUUAGUGCCAGGUGGGAAGGCGGUAAGGUCGUUGAGGAAUACCCGAUACCCAGAAAGCCGGAACAUGUCGAUGGCAUGUGGCCACCUCCUUGAAGGUCUUCCAGUAGAAUACAGUCAUGAGCAAAGGAUUACCUGGAUGGCGCUCUUUCCUACCACCGGUUCGAUCUCCAGAUUUGUGCGUAUUUUGGCCAAAAAACAUCUUCUUACCAUGAUCUGUUGCUUGUAUAUAGUGAAGUUAACCUAUUUAUGCGUCAUCACUUCUUACAACAAUGCCAAUUAUUUACGCCAGGG